GAACAAAACGUCAGACGGAUCCAAAAACUAUAAAGUGUGUCGACGUCCUCUGCCUCGAGUGUGAAACGUACAACAAACGAAAUUUAGGAAUAGCAAUUACAAGCUAAAAUAACAAUGGCGCUGCCAAAAAAGAUUAAAUGUUUUAAAUAUUUAGUUUAUAGUUAUGUGUUCCUCUUGGCGCUAACGGGAGCAGCUCAAAUAUUUUUGGGCACAUCCCUGUUGUGGGGACAUUCGGUUUAUUAUGGCAUCGUACAGAACAAGUUGUGGGCACCAGCCGCCAUUCUCCUCUGUCUAGGACCCGUUACUUUCAUACUCUGCUGGAUGGGCUGUCAGGCAACCAAUCAGAGGAAGCGCUGCCUUCUCGGCAUGUUUGCAGCUCUAUUAGUGGCUUGUAUAUGUGUUCAAUUCAUUAUCUGUGGUUGGUCCUUGGCGAUGCGAGAAAAUCUUCCUACAUCCGUCGAGAUUUUCAUUGAUGAUUCGUUUGUAGAGUUCUUAGAUAAGUUUUCGCGCACCAAAGUUGACAACUUGCAUUUGUGGAAUCGCAUGCAAUCGCAGCUACAAUGCUGUGGUGUGGAUGGUCCACUUGACUAUCGACGCCUUUCGCUGCCCUGGUCCUGCUGCUCCCGCCCCGAGCACGCCUACGAAUCGGCCUGUGACACUCACUACAAGCGUGGCUGCUUGGCUGUCGUAUCGGAGCAAAUCAAGAGUCGACUGCUGAUCACCGCAUUUGGCGCUGCCAUUAUUGCCAUUCUGCAGAGCUUGGGCAUCUUCUGCGCAGUGCAUUUGACCAUUUUGUUUGGCAAGAACGACAACACCCAUCCCAUGAACAACAUGAACCGGAAAAAGAAGCAACAGCAAUUUUUGCCACUGACCAUUCAGGACAAGAGGCACGAUCUACCAUCACCCAUUAAUCUGUCGCCCUCGGCACCCGGUCAGCGUGUUUUAAAAACUGCUCUGCCUCCGGCAAUGCACAAAUGACAGACGAUUAGCUUUUAAUAUUUAAAACAAAAAUUUAUGAGAAACUCCAAAAGUUAUAAAAAUGUUGUAACCUGAGAUGGAAUGAAUAUAACUGUGACCCUCAAUGUUACGUUAUGGUAAUUUUCCAAAAAUUUACCGUUCGCAAAACAAGCAAAAAUGCAAAAAACAAAA